AUGAUUGAACAGAAACUUUGGUUAAGACCUCUUGUUGUUGCAAUUACUGCUGCUUUAUCUUACACAGUUUACAAAGAUUAUACAAAAUGGCUGAGUGUUAUGAUUCCGGGUGGUUUACCUGGUAACUUUUUUGGGUACAUUAUCUCAAAUAUGUUGACGUUGGCAUUGAGAAAGAAUAGAAGAAGCUUGAAAAUGGUCGAUUAUAGCACCACGAAUUCUUUAGGUUUUACUGAAGGUUUCCUGAAAGAAAAUGAAAUCCCAAAUUAUUCGGGUGCUACCCCAGAGGUUGCGAAGUGGACUAUACCACAUCGUCAAACAUUUCCUCCAAAGAUCCAAGAUUCUGUAAAGUUAACAGAAGAGAUGCUUGAAGACAUUAGAGCAUCAUCUCCAAAAAUAAUUUUGGCUCCUUCGAAAAUAGAAUCACAUUUAGAUGGUAUUUUCGUUGAUGAAAUUACAAAUGCAGAUGAGGUUACCCAUUUACACCCUAAAGAUGGCACUCUUCAUGUCUAUAUAUGUGCUUUUGAUGCUGAUAUUGUGUUAAAGAAAGGAUGGGGUGAACUACAUCCAGUCAAAGCUAAGUAUCAACCUUCAAAAUUUGAAAGUGUUUUAAUUUUUGCUCCACACUCCAAAGAAGACCUUAUAAUCCAUAAGAUGUUUGUGGAGGCUGCUAUAAGUGCAAAUCUUAAAAGAAAAGAGGUUGGCCGGUCUCUCAUUAAUAUUGAAGAUUAA